UGAGAGCCGUAAACCCUAAAUCAAACUUAAUAUUCGAUUCUUCUCCUACGAUCAAAAGAGGGGAUUCUCAAAUGGCUGACAGUAAAACUUCUGGAGAUCAUGUAUCCGAAGAAGCCCCCGUGGAUGCUUCUCAGGAGAAACAUGAAACAGUUGAUGAGAUGCUUGCUCGGCACAGGCAGGAGAUAAAACAACUACAGAACAAGGAGACUGAGAUGAAAAAGGCAGCUGCUAAAGGAAGCAAAGCUGAACAAAAAGCCAAGAAGAAGCAAGUCGAAGAAGACAUCUCCAAACUCUCCACAAAGCUCAAGGAGAAACAGUUGAAAGAGCUCGGCUCACAAGGUUUUAGCAGCAGCAGCAUUGCCAAGGACGAAGCUAAUGAGAAAAAAGGAGACAUGGACACUCUAGUGAGAGCUAUUGCUGGAGUCUCAGUCACCGCUCAGCAAGAGCACUCAAAGCCCAGCAAGGGCGUCAAGAGGCGCGAGAAACGGGCUAAGGAAGAAGCAGAGAGAGAGCAGAGAAUCAAAGAGGAGCAAAGCCAAGUCACAAGUGAUCGUAUGGUUGAGAACCAAAAGCUCGAGAAGAAGCUUAAACCAUUGGGAUUGACAAUCAGUGAGAUUAAACCUGACGGGCAUUGCCUUUACCGGGCUGUUGAGAAUCAGCUUGCCAAUCGCUCAGGCGGUGCAUCUCCCUACUCAUACCAGAAGCUAAGAGAAAUGGCUGCUUCGUACAUGAGAGAGCACAAAACCGAUUUUCUCCCGUUUUUCUUGUCAGAAACUGAGUCACAGUCCGAGAGAUCUGCGGAAGAGCGGUUUGAGAAAUACUGUAGAGAAGUCGAGUCAACCGCGGCUUGGGGUGGUCAAUUGGAGCUUGGUGCGUUAACACAUUGCUUGAGGAAACACAUAAUGGUGUUUUCCGGAUCGUUUCCGGAUGUUGAAAUGGGCAAAGAGUAUAAAUCCGGUGAUGGCUCGAGUCUCAUGUUAUCGUAUCACCGGCAUGCUUUUGGGCUUGGGGAGCAUUAUAACUCUGUCGUCCUGAUCCAAAACAUCACCGGAUGAUGGAUGAUGGACUUUAUCUCAAGCUUUAAGAAAAGUACUUUUGUAUCAAAAGUUUACUGAAAUUCUUUCUUCCUUAAUGUUUGUUGGAACCAAUCUCUGUAACUUCAAUUUUUCCUUUGGUACAAGGCCAAGCAUAAUCUAUUUCUUCUAUACA